AUGCAGCUUACAAAACCUUCAGAAUGGCAGAACAGAACAGGCAUCAAAGAGUUCAUCCUCCUUGGGUUUGGGAACACUGAGAACUUGAACACUCCUCUCUUUGUGUUAUUUCUGAUCAUUUAUAUUGUGACUAUAUUUGGAAACAUUCUCAUCAUCGCUCUGGUUGUGGCAGAGAAGCAUCUCCACAGCCCCAUGUACUACUUUCUUUCAAAUCUAUCCUGCUUGGAGAUCUGCUACACUUCAACUAUAUUACCCAAAAUGAUGACCAGUUUUAUUACAGGAAACAGGACAAUUUCUCUUCGGGGCUGUAUUUUACAAAUGCACUUUUUUAUCACUCUGGCAGCUAUUGAAUGUUACCUCUUGGCAGUGAUGUCAUAUGAUCGUUAUCUAGCCAUAUGUAGACCCUUGCAUUAUGUCACGCUUAUGAGUGACAAAACAUGUAUUUUGCUAGUUUCAAUGUCAUGGAUAAUAGGAUUUCUGCUUAUCACAAUUUUAACAUCCUUGUUGACACAGCUUACAUUUUGUGAUCAAUACAAAAUUGACCAUUUCUUUUGUGAUUUCACACCCUUGGUACGACUUUCCUGCAAUGACACUUGGGUGAUUGAAAGUGUUGCUUUGAUAACCUCAUCUCUAGGAAUUCUACCUACAUUUUUCUUAACAGUCUCAUCUUAUGCUUUUAUCAUCCAAGCAAUCUUCAAAAUCCCAUCUGUGUAUGGGAGACAAAAGGCAUUUUCCACCUGUUCUUCCCAUCUCACUGUGGUCUCCAUUUUCUAUGGAUCCUUAAUGUUUGUCUACAUUUUGCCAACCACUGGCAGAUUCAAAGAUAUGAAUAAGGGAUUCUCUUUCUUGUACUCCGUUCUUACCCCUAUGGUCAAUCCUUUCAUUUACAGCCUCAGGAACAGAGAGGUAAAGGUAAUCCUUAGAAAUAAGCUGUGUUAA